UCUUAUGUUUAUUUAGGAAACAGCCCUGCCCAGGGAACUGGGCUCAAAUUCAAGAUCGGUUGAUUCAAUAAGGCACCCUUGCAAGCAAAGCUAGAAGAAUAGAGGCUUCAACUGCUUUCCAUGGGUAAGAAAAUUUUGUAUAAAAUAGGGAUAGUGACCUUAAGAGAGAGCAGCCUAGGCUGAAGGACUUGGACCUGCUGGCUGUGGGGAGCUACAAGAGAUUUGGGAGAGGGAAGUGUUAUUAUACCUGGGAGAAGCUGACCCUGUAUGACCCCCAUCACAGUAAAUUUCCAACGGGGCAUCUGGAAUUCAGGCCCCAGAACCCAAGGCCCCAUUCCUUUCUUUCAUACAGCAGCCCACCAAAACCUGGCCUCGAAGAUCUUCUGUUUAUGCUGCAAAUGCUGUGAGGAACCCAAUGCCACAGAUGACUCCAAGAUCCCCAGUCAAACUCAAGAGCUUCAGUCAUCAAAGCAUGGUAGGUACCAGGCAAAAACACCCUGCCUGGCCUCUCAAGACCUCAUUUUGCUCAUCCCCCUUCCUGCUGAGAUACCCUCAGAUUUCCUUCACUUUUCUAUAACGGCCUCCCCAAAUGACCACGUGGAAUUACCACUGCCAGGUCUGCAGAAGGAUGAGCUUCACAGACAAAAUCUCAAGCAAGAUAAUGAAGUGUCCCAUGUGAUUUUGGGAAAAUCCCUGCUCCAUCCAGAAAAGAGAACCUCCUAUUUCAAUAGCAGUGAGUUUGAGGAUGUGAAUUCACAUGUUUCCAAAAGAGGAUUUCACAAGAGAAACCUAAGCCGCUACUCUCAGGAUCGCUGGCCAUACCAGCCAUGCCUCAUUGGGAGACCCUGAACAUUCUAGACGGCAGCCCCCUCGCAGGUCUCCGAGGCUGCGCGGCUGCUGGAGGGUCUCCAGCAGGAAGGGGGCGGUGAACAGGGGCCAUGAAGACUGAUUCGGAAACUCCCCAGAAGAGGAGAAGACGUCUGAGCCAUCCCUGUGCCGCCAGCAAGAGUCACUUCAGCUCCCGGAGAAGCCGCUGCAGAGGAGCUGCCUCCACUUAAAGUCCUUAGUUGCAUCUUAGGCCUGUGUCCCUCCCCUUUUCCCCUCUCCCAGCCCUACUUCUGAGAUUCCCUUGAAUAUAGAACAAUUAGAAUUAGGCAUCUCUUAUUAAGAAAUGAGGUCUGAUUCUAAAACUUUUUCAGUCACUCCUUACCAACCUAACGAAGUACUUAGGAGAGGCUGGUCAGCAAUGGGCAGCUAUAAAUAGAUGCUGUAAUAACUGUCUAGAGCUUGAGGGCACAAUACUGCCCGCCUACUGUGGGACUCAAUUUGGUGCUCAGGGUCAUGGUGAACAGUGGGGCAGGUAGUGCACAAUUCUGCAACAGGCAGCCCUAUCAUGAUGCAAUGCACAGCCCAUGCAGUUGUAGAAAGCUGUUUGCACUAAAACGCAGAGCAUGCAAACGUAACAUGCCGGACACCCCAAGUGGCUUCAACUUUAGCCAGGGAGCCAGGCACAGAAGCAUAUCACUUCACCUUAUAGACAACUGGGAAACAAUAACAAUAGGGAAUUUUGCAACCAACUUGGGCAUUUGGGGAAGGCUUCCUGGAAGAGAUGGUGCUUGAGUUUUUUGAAAGUUGAAAGGGAGUUAGCCAAGCAAAGACGAGAGGGGAAUGGUAUUCCAGAAGGAGCGAACAGAAUAAGCAAAUUUGGAAAACAGAGACACAAGCUGGCAGGAGUAUAAAGUAGUGAACUUCGAUGCUUGCAAAGACGAAAGUGAAAACCUGAGCCAGGGUGUUGGGAGAGGUGAGGGGGACAGAGCUUUAAGAGCCUCGUAUCCAGAAAAAGAAAGCUGGACUCUAUCCAGAAGGUAAUGGGGAGCCAGGGAACGUAAUGUUUAGGCAACAAAGUGACAUAGCCAUAUUUCUGGUUUUUGCAAUAUGAACAUGGUGAGUUGUUAAGACAAAACAUUAGCACUCCCUGUGUCUUCCCCCAGCACUGAAGAGGAGAAUAAAGGAAGAUGAUGUCUUAUACCACAAUAUUAUAGAUUAAGAUUCAUACCUACAAUGGAAAGCCCAUCCUGGCUGCAGUUUGAAGAAGUGUGAGCAAUAACGAUAACAGCAGUGUAUAAAUCUGGUAUAUUACUCUUCUAAAUGCUUUAUAAAUAUCAACUCACUUAGCAUAAUAACCCAACAAGGAUAGUACUGUUACUACUCUGGUUUUACAAAUAAGGAAGCUGAGACACAGAGAACUAAAAUAAGACUCUGAAGAUUACACUAAUAGUAAAUGGCAGAGCUGAGACUUGAACCCAGGACACCUGAUUCCAGAAUUGAUACUCUUAACCAACCAGUUAUGCUGCCCUUCACAAUGAUGGUAGAAUGACAUUCAGUGAUUGCUUUUGGCUCCAAAUUGACAGUUCAUUGCCUGUGCUUCAAAACUGGAGUUGGGCCCUUUCAAUCUUUUUCCCUUGGCAGCUAGUGCAAUCUUAGGCUUCGUCAGUAGGGGGUGCUGGAGAUACUGGAAGAGGAAGGGCUUUCCUUCUGUUCUGGGGAGCUCACUUGGCAGGGAGCAGCACAUGUAGCUCCUUGGGUAUCUGGCUCUGGCAGUUCACAUGGCUUCUCCAGCACCCAGAUCCUGCUGUAUAUGGUGGUCAGCAGCACUUAGCUAGCAGCUUCUCCCAGUGAUUUCCCCCCAACAAAUGGGGUAGUGCCUCCACCUCUCUGUGAUAGCUUUCCCUAGCACCUUAGAGGGCAGAUUUCUAGAACAUUCUGUCAACAUGGCAUCUCAGAGACUUCUCUGCAUCCAAUGGGCCACAGCCAUGUCCUUCCCAAGGUCCAUAUCUCAGCUGGAGAUGGGGGGGGGGGCUCUUCCUUGGGGGCUCUAUCUCAGCCCUGUGGUGGUGGCUAUGCCUUA